AUGGCCGACUUGGAAAAAGCCCAAGGAGUGCCCGAAAAGAUUUUAGAGGAAGCUGCAAGCGUCCUUGGGCUUGAUCUCGAAGCGACUAUUGCACGCUGCGCUCUUGAGCCGCUCUAUAAGGCGUCCUCCGAGACACAUGGGUUUAAAGAGCAAUGGGUCCUGCGCUGGCUCUUGAAGAAGCUAGCUGUUGCGGACAAGUCGAAGAAUGGAGAAGGCAAAGUUGGCGACUCUCAGCGAAGGUGCGACACAUCCGUCUUGAAGCGUCAACUGGACAGGAUCUAA